AUGGUUGGUAGUUGUACCAGCCAAACGAGUAGUGUUGAUGCUGUUGUAACAACAACUACCGUAAUCAGUAAUGCAGUUUCUACGGUCAAUAAUGCAAGCAAUACUAUAAUAACAACCAGUAAUGUCGCAUCUCUCAAUUCUUUAUCAACGACGACAUUUAGCAGUGCUUCACCUAUUACAACCCCUUUGGUAAAUGAAAAUGCACCAGCAAGUACUAUUAAUAAUACGACGACAAAUAGCAAUAAUCCAAGCAAUAGUGAAAUCAGCACUUCGCCAGUUAAUGAUUGCAAUUUAAGGGUUGACACCACCAUCGUGGAUUCAAAAGAACUUUCUAUUAAAAUUCAAGAUGCAUCAAGUGAACAAAGUACUUUGAGUAGUUUCACGACGCCUUUAGUUAGUGUUUCAAGUGAAUAUAAUAGUGAAAACGAUCGAACAAAACAAAGUACAUUACAACAAAGUGUUACAAAAUGUGAUAUUCCUUUAGAAACAAAUAGCUCACGUCCUGUAGUAAGUAGUCCUUCUAACAAUUACUCAAGUGGUUCGAAUAAAUUAGAUGUUCUGGUGUCAACUGAUAAUAGUGCGACGAAGGACAUACGAUCUAUCGAACAAAUACCAGAAGUUUUGCAAAAUGCCUUACCACAACCUGUGUCACCGGAAUUGAUGAAUGGUGGAGGAAUUGAUCCUCCAGUUCGUAAAAUGAGCACAGACUCAGAAUGUAGACUUGUAAUAGACGAAACACCAGUGUCUAAUUACGACAACCAAGGUUCAAUAGUACAGAACAAUGUAGUGGUACCUAAAGUUUCAACACCUCAUACGAUUUGGAGACCUCCAACUCCUCAGCACGAUUUGCACUUGAUGCAAAAUAGGAGUAAUAGUAAUCCAAGGACGUACACGUUGCCCCAAGAGACUGUCGUUAGAUCUGCUUCAUAUAAUAAUUUGACGCCUGUAACUUCAUCUUAUAGUGCUCCUAUGACUUCUUUGAAGAGGCCUUAUGAAGCUAUUGCUAGUAUGAAUGCAGAACAGCAAAAUAAAAUGCUGUACGCCCAGCCAACAAAUAAUACACAACAGAAGUACUCUCAGAAUAUGUAUCCGGUGAAUAAGCCACAGCAACAAAUUAACAGAACAAAUAUUCAACAACCAGAUAUGAAUGAUAAGCAGCAGCAGAUAAUGUAUAACAGCAACAUAAUUCAACAUUCUUACACAAAAUCUCCGCUUUCGUUAUCGUACCCAAACCAAGGACAACAAAGUACACCUCAACCAAGGCAACAUUCUAACUAUAUGAAUGAACCACAACAACUUACAGGGGUAACAAAUAUUAAUCGUAACAAUGUAAGUCCGGCGACCAACAACAGAACUCAGAUAAAUGUGCAUCAAAACCAAACUGUUGUUCAAGGCAGUCAACUUAGACAUGUUGAAUACAAUUCUCAAACCGUACAACAUAGGACUGAUCAACCUAGUGCAAAUAAUUACCAUCAUAUAGGAAACAAUUAUCAUCAUAAUCCCCAGAUUCCUGUUUCCCAAACUGGUGCAAAUUACGCUCAUCGAGUUGAUCGUUCUCCUGCUCCUAACACUUCACAACCCAGUGGAUUCAAUCAAACUCACCAUGUCAGUCGAAUAGAUAACAUGACUGCAAGAAGUGCAAUAAAUCAUCCUCAAAUGAAUAAUACAUAUGGAAAUGUGCACAGAGUGGAUCACUCGCCUGUCAAUAGUAAUUCUCACAUGGGUGCCCCCCAUGGGAGUAGAUCGAGUACUUCGAAUACUCAACAGAUGGCAAGGCUAGAUUACCCGCAAACGAACAGAAUGAACCCGUCUCCGUCUCCGGUCGGACAACAAUAUCCCCAAAUGCACUAUCAGCAACAAAUUAGUAGUGUCAACACAUCAUCAGCUUCAAAUCGUGUUUUGAGUGGUAAUGUUCAAGUUUCAAAAGGUCGGUUGGAUCAAUCGCCACAUCGAACAAUUGACUCACACUACAACCAACAAGUUACCAAUUUGCACGGUAGUACUUCGCAAAGUCCUCAUAAUUUGGUAAGGCCUGGUCCUACCACGAUCAGUCCUUCACAAAAUGUUAACACAAACUAUAUUCCGACAAGUAUAAAUAAUUCUCAAUUGCGUACAAACUACAAAGAACAAACUGUAAUGGGACAACCCCAGCGAAUGGUUGCGGAAAAUCAUCAUAAUGCCCAGGGCACGGCUAUGAAUCGAUUACCAAUGACCAAUAUAAAUCGUUCUCAGAGAACACCGGAAUUAGUAAAUAAUUCUCAUACGUAUUAUUUGGAUCCUCAAGAACAAGUUAAUUAUUCACAAAAACCUUCUGAUCAUCCAUCCCUUGAUCAGCAACGUCAAUUUUCUACCUUGAACCCUCAACCUCAAAGAUUUGCCGAAGGGCAAAUUAGUGGUGUAAAUCAGCCUAUGGUGAUAAGAAAGGCUCCUUCCAGUGGCGGAGUGGCGACUGAAUUACAUGUGGAGCAGUUGGCAAGGCCUGCGUCUUUGGAGUCGGACAGGAGCACCCCUAGGAGUAUGCAUUCGCAGAACACUGUGAUUGGUUCCUCUACGAAUAAUGUUUCGAGGGCGGCCUACCCUCCACAGCAGGCUCAGCAACCACCGACGUCGAUGGUUCCAUCUCAUUACAACCAUCAGAAGUCUAUUACGGGUCAACCCCAGCCAAGAUAUGCUCCGCCACAAUCUCAAACUUCAUACAACAAUCUUCAACAGCAACAUCAACAGCAACAACAACAACAACAGCAAUAUAAAAUGCAGCAACCGCAAUACAGAGCAAAGACUCCAGAUCAGCAGCAGUCACAAUAUCAGUAUCAACAAGCUUCUUACAAAACAAAAAUUGUCGAACCCCCCACAGUCCAAUAUCAUCAGGGAUAUAAAACUAAAACGCCGGAGCAGUUGAAGCAGCCCCAACCACAACGGACGACACAAUAUCAUGGUACAGGACAGGUAGUGUAUAAGACUAAAACAUUAGAGCAAUCAGUGCAGCAACCACAAUAUCAACAUCAACAGCAGCAACCUACGUAUAAAACAAAAACACCUGAACAAAUUACGCAGUAUCAACAAUACAAAACGAAAGCACAAGAACAUCGAGUGAACCAACAACAACCAACGUCUUAUCAUCAUCAGCAGCAGUUGACGCCUCAACAAUACCAAUAUCAACAACAACAACAACAACCGGUUCAAGGUAAUAAAGUUACAGGAGUCAAAACUGUUUAUCCUAGUGUUGGAAGUUAUCCUCAGCAACCGCAGAAAGUUGUCGUCAACCAGCCUGGACAAAGUGGUGCUUUUGCUAAAUAUCCACAACAACAACCUUCACAACAACAGCAGUUAUAUCAACAACAACAACCAGGUAGAAAACCCAAAACAAUGAUGAACCGAAGUAGGCCUACUACGCCUGUGCAACAGCAACACGUAUCUACCCUACCUGUUCCACAGGGUGUGCCUAGAUUUAGCACUCCAACCCUGCAACAAAAUCAACAGCAAAGGGUCAUUGUCAAUCAACAGCAACAACAAGUCAAUCCGCAACAGCACGGAGCCCUUUUGAAAUGCAAUAGUGUCACCAGCAACACAAUAGCAAUGGCAAAUAAGAGAGAGUCACCUUUAGAUUUGUCUGUAAAAACUGUUCGGACGUCAGCCGAUUCAACAGCUAAAGACGAUUCAAACAGCAACAACAGUGAUCAUCAGCAAUACUUUCAACUUCAGCAGAAUGCUUCUGUAGAUGCAUACAAAAAGUAUGUGCCUAGGCUUCCAGUUUCCCAGAGAUUGCCGACGGCGACUCAAGUGCCUCAGCAGGUGCCGAUGAUGAAUCCUGCGUCGCACAAAGUUGAUUUUUUACCAAAAUUCAAUGUGUCCACGUUAAAACAUUCAGAAUAUGCAAGUUCGAGUAGGUUGCCGCAGCAGAAUCAACAGUUUGUGAGACAACCUUUGCAACAACAACAUAUUCAACAACCAAAUCAGCAUUCUGCCAGACAACAGUAUAGUAGUACUGCUCCUGCCACUCACCAUGAACAGCAUAAUUUGAAUCAGCAGCAUAACUUUAGUCAGCAUAGAAAAAGAUUACCGGUUAUUGAAACUGCGCAAGUGCAUCAACAACCUGGAAAAAUCCCAAAAAUUGAGAGUCAACCGGUUGUCAACAAUAGACAGCCUCAGAGGCAGCCGACACAUGUGAUUAGUAGUAACCCUCAGCAGCAUCCGGAUUAUGCACACUACAGAUUACCACCUACUUCUAGUGUGUACAAUGUCGACGAAGAUCGUUAUAUGAACUACGCUCUUACACCAUUAUUGCAACAAAAUAAUAUUCCACCAAAACAGUCCCCACAACAGCAACAGCCUACACCUGGAAAAUUAUUACAACAACAGCAAGGGGCGGACAAAAGGAUUUUGGAUUUGUUGAGGAGUAGUCUUGAGAGCAAAGAGGCCGAACGUGCACGAUUGGACAAAGAAUUGAGAGCCAUAGAAAGCAACAAGCUGCUGCAGCAGCAAGAGAAAUUACAACUCCAACAGCAGCAAUUGGACAAUACAAAGUCGACUUAUAAACUGCAAAUGCCAAGAGCCGUGGACUCGAUUAAAUUCGAAGUCGACGAGAAUCAACACCAACAAAAUAUGAUACACCAAACAAAAACGAAGCCUCAAAAUGAGGACAGCGGCAUCGCCGCCCUUUUGGCCGCUCGUAUACGCACCAAAGCCGAGUUGAAAGGUUUCACGCAACAAGCCAAAAGCUCCUCCGAAGUAAAACAAGUCGCCGUCGUGCCCCGAAAGCGUGUUUUUAGCCGAACCGAAAUAGAUGAUGAUUGCAUAAUAAUAGAGCCGGCUGAAACAUUGAAGAAGCCGGCGCAAAUUCCGUCCAAGGACGAAAAACUAAGAAGUUCCUCCGAAACUUCCGUAUACGAUUUUAGAGAUAGCGGCUCCGAAACAGAUUUACCCGAUUUGAGAAAGGACAGGAGAAGUUCUUUAUGCAACGGAACAACCUUAAUCAAACCUCCAGAACCCUCAAAUCCUGAGUUGAUGGAAGAAAAGUUGUCCAUUAUCAAAACCGAAAAGCUCGACGGCGAUGACAUUUGGGGCAACAUCUGCGAUCAGUUUGUCGAAGAGUUGGUUACAGGCGCCAAAAAACGACGGGGACGCAAAAAGAAAAUCGAUCAAGCACAACCUGUUACAAAAGUCACCGUGGAAACUGUUAGCAUGGAGAAACCUUUAUCAGCGAUUAAGGUCGAGCCCUUGGAUGAAACUGCUGACUUGGUGAAUAUUGUUAAAACAGAAAACAAAUGCUACGAGCUGUUGAAUGUGCAACUAAAGAUCGAACCUUUGGAUGAAGACGACAUUCCUGUUAACACACUUAUCAGGAAACCCGUUACAGAUAAAUUAGAUACAGACAGCGACGAUUCAGAUGUGCCUUUAAUUAAAGUUAAAAAUUCGAUAUCGGGUGAUGAUAAAAGUAAAAAGGAUCCAAAACGCGUUACGACGAGGAAAAUAGACACAAGUAGCAGCGAUGGCGAAGACAGUGAUGUCGAAAAGUCCGCAAAAACGAAGGUUACACGUUUGCGUACCAGGAAACAAUUGAAUGAAGCAAAGAAAGGUGUAAGUGCAAAUAAGGAUAAAACACCGUCAAAGGAGACAAAAGCUAAAGAAACCAAAACUAAAAGUCCGACUAAAUCUCAAGGCAGUCCGUCGAAAAAUGCAUCCGCCGAUGCAAAACCACAAAAAAUACGUUACGGCGAUGGCUCUGAUUUUUACCCCGGUUGGGAGGAAGGUGUGUAUAAAUCCAAACAGUCUUUACGAAUGCCUGCCAGUUUGAUAUCAGUCACUAGGCUUCCUCAUUGGCCUAGACUGUCGACAUCCUUACCAGCAGAUCCUUGUCCAAAUUCACCAACACCAUCUUCAAUUGUCGACAUAAACGAGUGCAAAAAGGCCGAAGUUCGCCAUCGUCUUCGACGAUAUACUCUUCGGGCAAGUAAAAUGAAUCAAAUGCGCGCUAAAGAAAAUAAUAAUUCCAUAGUUGAUGUUUUGAUGCAGAAGUAUGGUACAAAGUCGAAAACCAAACGAAAGGGUAAAAAUGAUAAUAAACUGGAUGAGAGUGUUUUGCCUAAAGUUAUUCCCAAAACUGGUAAGGAAUUUGAAUUGUUGCCAACGCCUGUGCCCAAUGGGAAAACAGAAGACUCUACGUUAGACUUUAGGAAACAAACAAUCACUAAUUUCCGAGAUGCCUUUUUGAACAACACUGGAGGCAAGUUGGGAGCUACUGAAGAAUUUAAUCCUACAGUUUUCAAAUCCAGGACUCGAACUGAAACCAGAGUCAUGAGACAAAGGGCUACGAUACGUGAAGUUUUUGGAGAAGACAGGCCCGCAUCGGCGCCUCCGAUGAGCAGAAGAAACGAGGACUCCGAGGAAAGAGCAAAAACUGCUACGACUAUCACAAAUAUAUCCAUCAAAAAAGAGAAAGACGUCGAAGAACCAGAAAAAGACAUUAUAGUUAUCAAACCUGAAGACGAUAAAAAACUCGUGGGUCCUAUAAAGAAGAAACUGAAGUGGCGAUCCAUGCGCAGGAAGUUCAGCUCCGGGUUCGAUUAUAUAAGAAAAGAAAAGAAAAUUAUCAAGGUUAAAGACGAUGACACUAAAAGUCUGGACGUUAAAAGAAAAAGUUGGCUUAACAAUCGACCGAAUCUGGAAUCUGUUAAUGAUAUCCAAAAGGAGAUCAAAGGAUGGGUUUUGAAUAAAGGGGUUGGAGAGACUCAUUUGCAUAGAGCUGCUCGACUGGGCUACACGGAUGUGACUGCUUAUUGCUUGGAAACGUUGGCAUCAAAUCCUUCACCGAGAGAUAAUGCCGGAUACACUCCUUUGCAUGAGGCUUGUUCGAGAGGGCAUCUGGAUAUUGCAAAAUUGCUACUUCAAUAUGGAGCCGGUGUUAGUGAUUCAGCACACAGUGGAAUAAGGUAA